AGCCCCUUCUCCGGCACAAUGACCAACGAUUCCCCGGAGGAGGAGACCCGAGCUCCGGGCAGCGGCGGAGGAGGAGGAGGGAGCAGCAAAGGAAACCCACGGAGAAACCGAGAGGACGACAAUGUCACCAUCCUGACAUCCUCCAUGGACUUACAACGAGCCAGCCGGGGCCGAGCCAGCAUCACGAACGAUGCCGCCCAGAGCCUCACAUCCUCGGUGGAUCUGAGCAGCUCCUCCCUGGAGCUGAGCAUCCAGACACGGAUCUUUAAGAUCAUCGUCAUCGGGGACUCCAAUGUGGGGAAGACCUGCCUCACCUUCCGCUUCACCGGAGGGAGCUUUCCCGACAAGACGGAGGCCACCAUCGGCGUGGAUUUCAGGGAGAAGGCGGUGGAGAUAGAAGGGGAGACAAUCAAGGUGCAGGUGUGGGACACGGCUGGUCAGGAGCGCUUUCGUAAGUCCAUGGUAGAGCACUACUACCGCAAUGUCCACGCCGUGGUUUUUGUCUACGAUGUCACCAAGAUGGCUUCUUUUCGCAACCUACAGACGUGGAUCGAGGAGUGUAACGGUCAUCGGGUCUCUGCGUCAGUGCCUCGAGUUCUGGUGGGGAACAAGUGCGACCUUGUGGACCAGAUCCAGGUUCCCUCCAACACUGCGCUAAAGUUUGCAGACGCCCACAACAUGCUGCUGUUUGAGACGUCGGCCAAGGACCCGCGGGAGAGCCAGAACGUCGACUCUAUCUUCAUGUCGCUCGCGUGCCGCCUCAAAGCCCAGAAGUCCCUGCUUUACAGAGAUGUAGAGAGAGAGGACGGGAAAGUCCAACUCACACAAGAGACUGAAACAAAGAGUAAUUGUCCCUGCUGAGGAAAUAGAGGGGAAGAGAGACGGUGCAUGUCAAAGUAGAGGAGACGAAGGCUGGAUGGAGAAAGAGCUAGAGUCUUUCUUUGGGUAACUUUUUGGGUUCAGCAGGAGGGUUAGGGCGCAGGCCUGGAACUAAAAACAUUCUGCUUACAGGAGAGGAGGAUAGGGAACCAGACUGACUGAGAGUGUGGAUGUGGGGAAACAGAGGAAAUAGAUAUAAUUGAUAAUUAACUAUUCCAAAACAGCGUUGCCUUUUUGACUACAGUUAUGAUUUCUUACGUUGAUUUAUGCAUACAGGACAAGAAAUCUUCAGCGUGCCUAUAGUGGAGGCAAAUACAGCAUUACACGUGUUAAAGCAGCAUUUCCCUACAUUUAUCUACUGCCUUCUAAAGCUGGCUCAGUUCUUGUUUAAGAGAGGAUCAGUCAUUUAGGUUUUAAAUACCAGAACCACCUGGAAUGAUCUACAACAAACAAACUUUAGUGGAACUCUAAACUAUUUAACAGGAUUAGUAAGACUCUCAUAGUCCCCCUCAAGAGUAAACCAGAUGACCUAAAAUCACUGUGACAUGAUUACCUACAACACUGUGAAGAAGUACGUCCCCCUUCCUGAUCUCUCUUUUUAUUUGCAUAUUUGUGACAGAAAAUUAUAAAAUUAGACAAAGAUAACCUGAAUAAAUACAGAAGUCCGUUUUUAAAUGAUUA